AAGGAAAAAAAGAGUGAGAGAAAAGAAAAGAGGUUUUUGCUUUCUUUCCUCCUUCUCUUUUCAAGUAACGCUCCAUUAUGGCGGCUUCGGUCGACAAUCGACAAUUCAGGCGCCUUGAACCGGCUUUGAACGGUGUUUUUAAGCCCUUGAAGCCCGGUCCAACCCCAACCCACCGCCCUGUGAAACAUGUUUUCGUGGACCAAGAUUAUGACUCUUCCAGCGAAGAUGAAGAGAAUGAGGCAAACCAUUACAAAGACAUGAUCAUCAAAUCCAACAGGGAGCUUGAACAGUCCAUCUUGGAUCCUAGAGACGAAGCAACCGCUGAUAACUGGAUCGAGCGUAACCCUUCCAUGGUCCGUCUCACAGGGAAACACCCUUUCAACUCUGAAGCCCCCUUGAACCGUCUCAUGCACCACGGCUUUAUCACCCCUGUUCCUCUUCACUACGUCCGUAACCAUGGUCCAGUCCCUAAAGCUUCAUGGGACGACUGGACUGUCGAAGUGACCGGUUUGGUUAAAAGGCCGAUGAAGUUAACCAUGGACCAGCUUGUCAACGAGUUUCAAAGCCGUGAGUUCCCGGUUACCCUCGUUUGCGCUGGAAACAGACGUAAAGAACAAAACAUGAUUAAACAAACGAUUGGCUUCAACUGGGGCGCUGCCGGAGUUUCCACUUCGGUGUGGAGAGGUGUACCAUUGUGUGACGUGCUCAAGCGAUGUGGGAUCUUUAGUAAGAGACAUGGGGCCCUCAAUGUGUGUUUUGAAGGGGCUGAGGAUUUGCCAGGUGGCGGUGGUUCCAAGUAUGGAACUAGCAUAAAGAAGGAGUUUGCUAUGGACCCGUCUCGGGAUAUUAUCUUAGCUUACAUGCAAAACGGUGAGUGUUUAGCUCCUGAUCAUGGCUUCCCUGUUCGGAUGAUCAUUCCAGGGUUUAUUGGUGGGAGAAUGGUGAAAUGGUUGAAGAGAAUUAUCGUUACCACCCCAGAAUCUGAGAAUUAUUAUCACUAUAAAGAUAAUAGAGUGCUUCCUUCUCAUGUUGACGCAGAGCUAGCCAACGCUGAAGCUUGGUGGUAUAAGCCAGAAUACAUCAUCAAUGAGUUGAACAUCAACUCGGUGAUAACGACACCUUGUCAGGAAGAGAUCUUGCCAAUCAACUCAUGGACGACUCAGAGGCCAUACAAUAUGAGGGGCUAUGCAUAUUCCGGUGGAGGGAAGAAGGUGACACGUGUUGAAGUGACAAUGGACGGUGGUGAAACGUGGCAAGUGUGCACGCUGGACCACCCUGAGAAACCCAACAAGUAUGGCAAAUUCUGGUGCUGGUGCUUCUGGUCGCUGGAGGUGGAGGUGCUCGAUCUGCUUGGAGCCAAGGAGAUAGCGGUUCGAGCCUGGGAUGAGACCCUCAACACCCAGCCCGAGAAGCUCAUUUGGAAUGUCAUGGGAAUGAUGAACAACUGCUGGUUCCGUGUAAAAACAAACAUAUGCAAGCCACACAAAGGAGAAAUCGGCAUUGUUUUCGAGCACCCAACGUUGCCAGGCAACCAAUCCGGCGGAUGGAUGGCAAAGGAACGACACCUCGAAAAAUCGGCCGAUGCAAACCCAAGUCUGAAGAAGAGUGUCUCAUCUCCUUUCAUGAACACUGCCUCCAAAACGUUUUCGAUGUCCGAGGUCAAUAAACACAACUCCGCUGAUUCUGCUUGGAUCGUCGUCCACGGUCACGUUUACGAUUGCACUCGGUUCCUCAAGGAUCACCCUGGUGGCACCGACAGUAUUCUGAUCAACGCUGGAACCGAUUGCACCGAAGAAUUUGACGCAAUUCACUCCGACAAAGCCAAGAAAAUGCUAGAAGAUUAUCGGAUCGGUGAGAUGAUCACGACGGGUUAUGCUUCGGACUCGUCUACGUCAUCGCCUAAUAACUCCGUGCAUGGGGCAUCGAACUUGAGCUUUUUAGCUCCUAUUAAAGAAGUUGCGCCAACAAGACCUGUAGCGCUGGUUCCACGUGAGAAAAUCCCAUGCAAACUCGUCGAAAAAACAUCAAUCUCUCACGAUGUUCGUUUGUUCAGAUUUGCACUGCCAUCGGAAGAUCAAGUUCUAGGAUUACCCGUUGGGAAGCACAUAUUUCUGUGUGCUACUAUCGAUGAUAAGCUUUGCAUGAGAGCCUACACCCCAACUAGCACCAUUGAUGAAGUGGGCCACUUUGAUCUAGUGGUCAAGGUUUAUUUCAAAGGGGUGCACCCGAAAUUCCCUAACGGAGGGCUCAUGUCACAACAUUUGGACUCUCUGCCACUAGGGUCAUUUCUAGACGUGAAGGGUCCUUUGGGUCACAUUGAAUAUACGUGCCGUGGCAAUUUCAUGGUUCAUGGCAAACCCAAGUUUGCCAAGAAGCUGGCAAUGUUGGCUGGUGGGACAGGUAUCACGCCAAUUUAUCAAGUCAUUCAAGCUAUCUUGAAGGACCCCGAGGACGAGACAGAGAUGUAUGUGGUGUACGCGAACCGAACAGAGGACGAUAUUUUGCUGAAAGAGGAGCUGGAUGGUUGGGCUAAGAAGCAUGAUAGGUUGAAGGUGUGGUACGUGGUGCAAGAAUCUAUCAGGGAAGGAUGGCAAUAUAGCUUGGGAUUCAUCACGGAGAGUAUUCUGAGGGAGCACAUCCCGGAGGGGUCCAACGACACUCUUGCCUUGGCUUGUGGGCCGCCGCCAAUGAUUCAGUUUGCCGUGCAACCUAAUUUGGAGAAGAUGAACUAUGACGUCAAGGAUUCUUUGUUGGUUUUUUAAAAUUAUGAUAAGUCUUGUGGGAUGGAUGGGAUCAUGCAGUUUGUGUAUAUAUGAAUAUUAUAAUCCCUUUGCUUUAUUUAUUUUCUUUUUCUUUUUUGUUUUUGUUUUAAAUUUGUUUAAUCCACUGUUCCUUGUAUUAGUCUUAUUUUUCCCCCUUGAAAAGUAGAAAGGCAGUUGCUGGAAAAGAUUGACUUUUCUCUUUAGUCUUUUCAAUGAGCAGCAACAGCUCAGUUAGAGUA